AUGUCGUCGAAUCAUGCUUCUCUCGAUGCGGCGGCAAAUGAGCGCAAAGCACGCCUUGCAAAGCUUGCUGCGCUGAAGCGGAAACAACCAGAGCCAGAGCCAUUGACCGAAGCUGGUGCCGCCGAUGAAGAAUUGGAAGAUGCUGCUCCCGAUGUAACAAAGCAAUACCUCUCCGGGAGGAACUACGACGCAGAAAUGCGCGGUCCAAAGCUGGGCUUCGACACCGCCCCAUCAGAUGGUCAGAUCACUGUGGAAGCGCAGGCUGCAGAAAUCGCAAGGGCCACCGCAGAGAAAGCCAAGGAGGAUGAGGGUGACCAGCCCAUUGACCUCUUCAAGCUACAGCCCAAGAAGCCGAAUUGGGAUCUGAAGCGGGACCUGGAUGAGAAGAUGAACGUCCUCAAUGUUAGAACUCAGAACGCGAUCGCGAAAUUGGUCCGCCAACGGAUAGAAGAGGCACAGCGCGCAGCUCAGGCGAAAGGAACAAGUGCCAAUGGAGGUGAACAGGGCGAGGAAGUCGGCAUUGAAGGUGAUAUGUUGGUCCAGGGCAUUCAUGUCCGUGAGAGGGAAGAGGAGGCAGGCAAUGAUCUGGAGGAUGACGAGGCAUAA